ACAUCUCAAAAGACAAACUCUGAAGAUGGACGACUCCGGGCAAGGGUGGCUGUUUGAAGACAGCGCUUUGCCCACGAUGGACCCGAAUUUCGGAGCUACCAAUGGUGGAAGUGAAUUACUUUUAGAUGAUAUUGACGAUUUGAUAAAUGCUGGUUUUUCAAACCAGCAAGAUUUUUCGCUUCUGGAUGGCUCCUGGGACUCUAUGCAAGAUGGAUCCCAAACAUAUCUUACUGACGAAAGCUUUGAUCUGCUGCCAACAGCGCAGAUACCUCCUCAACCCCAGCAAGUUCUGUCACCAUCAGCACAAGUUGUAUCGCCAACAGUGCAACUACUGUCAUCUCCUCAAAUACUCUCCCCCUCGGUGCAAAUAGUGUCCCCCACACAGCGGGUUGUGUCGCCCACUCCCCAGCAGAUCAUAUCGCAAACACCACAGGUGUUGACUGGCAUGCUUCCUCAAAAGCAGACUGUUCUGCAAGUUCAGUUAAAACCUCAACAACAGCAGCAACAAGAGCAAAUUGUUUCCCAGAAGCCACAGCAAGGAACACAGAAACAGGAGGUGACAGUGCAACAACAAACGGUCCAGAUUCAGCAGAUAAUUCAACAACUGCAACAAGCAGCUCAGCAAGUAUCAGCUGCAGCUAGUAAGACCGCGGCAUCCUCUGCAGCAUCAAGCCAACCAGCCACCAGCAAGACAUACCAACAGGUUUUAAUCCCACAAAUUAUCAAGACAGAGUCUGGACAGACUCUGCCUGUUGUUGUCACAUCAGCAGCAACAGUUUCUAAGGUUGUAGUGGAACAGCAGGAUAAGAUGAGAAUUACUCGUAUCCAAGGAGUAAAUGCCACGCCAAGCCCGCAAUUUCCAAAGGGAGAGAAACGCACGAACCAUAACGCAAUAGAAAAGCGUUACAGGUUUAGCAUCAACAACAAGAUUUUGGAAUUGAAGGAGAUGGUUGUUGGAAAAGAUGCAAAGAUUCAGAAGUCUGGCAUUCUGCAGAAGGCAAUUGAUCUCAUUCGUUACAUGAGGAAGUCCAUCCAAAACUUGAAACAUGAAAACACAGUUUUAAGAAGUCAAGUGGAAAGACUGAAAAACGGCUUGCCAAUUGACGACAUGGAGAUCAAGCCGGAACCUAUGACUCCUCCACCAUCGGAGUACAGUUCACCAUCAAGGAGCCCCAGUAGCAGCAGCAGCGGUGUUGGUAGUCCAGGACCAUAUCCAAUGGAGGAGGAGGAAGAAGACAACAUGUCAGAUGCAAUCCCGAGUCCUGGGGGGAUGUUGGACCGGACUAGAAUGGGGCUGUGCAUCUUCCUGUUUGCUGUUUUGGCUUUCAAUCCAUUUGGAUCACUUAUUACCAAUCAAGAUGCUCCGAGUGGUGAAUAUGGAGGUGGACGAACUCUCUUGGCAACUGACAUUCAAGCUGAGCAGUCCUGGUAUGAUUGGAUGUUCCCCACUAUGGUCAUCUGGGGCAUAAACAGCAUUGUGGCGUUGUUUGUUCUGGCCAGGAUUCUGAUUUAUGGAGAACCUGUCACUCGCACUCACUCCAAGGAAGCUGUUAGUUUCUGGAGGCACAAGAAGCAGGCUGAUCUUGACCUGGCUAGGGGUGAUUAUGCAUCGGCCACUAGUCAGCUUCGUCUCUGUUUAGUCGCUCUUGGGAGACCUCUACCAACAUCAAAGGUUGAUUUAGCUUCGUGUCUUGCGUGGAAUUGCCUUAGGCAUGUGCUGAACCGACUUUGGAUUGGUCGUUUGCUGGUUCGUGGGCGGAUUAGUUCUGGCAGUAAGAAACCCUCUGAUGUGCAAGUGUCUGCCAAGUAUGCAGCGUUGAUUUACCAUAAACUGCAUCAGCUACACAUGACUGGUAAUUCAUCUGAUGGACUUGUAUAUGCUGUGAACAUGGCAUUGAGUGCUAUGAAUUUAGCUGAGGUGGCUGGUAAUGCAAUUAGUAAGGACACCCUAGCUGAGAUUUAUGUCACAACUGCUCUACACAUCAAAACAGAUGUCCAUAGAAGACUUCAUAUUAUUUCACGCUAUUUUCUGAGCCGAGCAAGACAUGCAUGUGCUGGUCAAGAAGGCGCCAUUCCUCCAUCCCUUCAGUGGCUGUUUCAUCCAGCUGGACAUCGGUUCUUUGUCAGUGGUGACUGGAAUUGUGAUACCAUUGCAGAUAACAUGUUCACAACUACAGGAAAUUGUGCUGAUCCCCUGUCACAUGUCAGUAGAGCAUUUCGAGAAUACCUUCUAGACAAAGCUUUGUACUCAUUGGUAGCACCAACACAAAAACAGGCCAAUAGAAAUGCUGCAUUGGCUAGUAAUACUGAUGGUGUGGCCCAAAACCAGUGUUCUGAUAUCUGCCAAUACCUACAGCUUUUGAGUGAGUGCUCGGAGACAGCAGGGCCACCACACCAAUCAUCCUUUGCCAUUGGCUCCAAUAUGUCAGCAGCCACAAGUUCUGAUGCAGUCUCUAAGUGGUGGUGCAACAUAAUUCUGGUAGCAACACAUUGGCUCCAAGGUGAUGACACAGCUGCAGAGAGACUAUACUCUAGUGUGGAGACGCUGCCUACGCUGUUACAAAAUACAGAGGACCCAUUACCUGUAGCUGUCCAGAUGGCAUUCAAAGCAAGGCGGAAUUUCCUGUCGGAAACUAAGAGAGACCAGUUCAAUGAAGAGUGUGUUAGACUAUGCAACAAGUCAAGUAAAUAUCUCCAGAAAAGCCUCAGCUUAGCAGAGUCACCUAAUCAGAACAUAACACAGGCAAUACAGUUGUUAGUCUGUGAUUGGUUACUUUCAACAAGAACUGCAGUGUGGCAGAAGCAGACGGGUAACCGGGGAACUAUCAGCUCCACCAUCGAACUCUCUGCAUUCCAGCAAGAUUUAGCCAGUCUCCGAAAACUUGCAAAUAUUUUCAAAGCAGCUAUGUCGAGCGUUUCGAGACACGAAGCAACAGCUCGGCUGAUGGCUGGUGCUAAUCCUAAACGCACGCAGCAGUUAUUAGAUAGGAGCUUAAGACGCAGAGUCGUCAGCAGCACCAAUUCUGCCAUUAAAGAUAAUGAUGAUAAUUUAAAAGUCAGUGAUCGUGAUCAUGGUUCGGCACUAAUGAUGGCUUGCAAACACCUUCCAACACAGCUACUGUCUUCACCGGGUCAAAGGGAAAGAAUGUUGACGGAGGCUGUACAGUCAUUCGAACGUGUCGGUGAUCGUAGAAGUUUACAGGAUUGCCAGCAAAUGUUGAUUUCCUUAGAAAGAACAAAAACAGUAACUUCUUGCCAAUCAGCACCUAUUCCUUGUUGCUAAGAUUUGAACAGUAGUUUUUCACAAUGUUAGUUCAGCAACAUAUGAUAAACUCGACAAAGAAAAAAAAAAUUGAAUACUUGAAUUGCAGUACUUAGGAAAGUUACUAGUUUGGAAUAAAGAGGCGGAAAUUAUUUUACCACAAUAAUCGAGGGCGACUAUGGUUACGGCAGUGAUGCCGGAGAUGAAGCGUGGGGAGCAGACGUGGAUUACGUCACUGCCAUCCCUGGGAAGGAUGUUGGGAGGGUGUCCUCACCAUCCCAGGGAUGGAGGCGGGUUGGGUGUCACCUUGAUUUAAGUCCAGGGUAGGGGAUGAUGCCUUCGAAUCGGUACAGGAGUACAGUGCAGUAAUUUUAUUCAUUUUUUGCUUUACAGUAUUAUAAAUGUCGCAUAGACAGUAAAGGACACUGGCUUUUAUCAAAGUUUAUGGACAUUAGUUUUAUUUUUCUCC